GUUUUCUGCACCCUCGUCGACCUACAAGUCGACAAGAUGCGGGAAAUCGUGCAUAUCCAAGCCGGACAAUGCGGCAAUCAGAUCGGUGCCAAGUUCUGGGAGGUGAUUUCGGACGAGCACGGCAUCGAUCCGACCGGCACGUACCACGGGGACUCGGACCUCCAAGUAGAACGUAUCAACGUCUACUACAAUGAGGCGUCCGGUGGCAAAUACGUGCCACGCGCCAUCUUGGUCGACCUGGAGCCUGGCACCAUGGACUCUGUACGCUCUGGACCCUUCGGGGAGAUAUUCAGGCCGGACAACUUCGUGUUCGGGCAAUCCGGAGCUGGGAACAACUGGGCCAAGGGUCACUACACCGAGGGAGCCGAACUAGUCGACUCUGUGCUCGACGUUGUACGCAAGGAAGCCGAGAGCUGCGAUUGCCUACAAGGCUUCCAACUGACCCACUCUCUGGGCGGCGGUACGGGAUCCGGAAUGGGCACUCUGCUCAUCUCUAAAAUCCGCGAGGAGUAUCCCGACAGGAUCAUGACCACGUUCUCGGUGGUACCGUCGCCAAAAGUAUCGGACACCGUGGUGGAACCGUACAACGCGACGCUCUCCGUCCACCAGCUGGUGGAGAACACCGACCAGGCUUACUGUAUCGACAACGAGGCCCUCUACGACAUCUGUUUCCGCACCUUGAAACUCUCCACUCCCACGUACGGAGAUCUGAAUCACCUAGUGUCCGCCACGAUGUCCGGUGUCACGACCUGCCUGCGAUUCCCUGGACAGCUGAACGCCGAUCUGAGGAAGCUGGCGGUGAACAUGGUACCGUUUCCGCGUCUCCACUUCUUCAUGCCCGGGUUUGCACCGUUGACGUCGCGGGGCAGCCAACAGUACAGGGCUUUGACGGUCCCGGAACUGACCCAGCAAAUGUUCGACGCGAAGAACAUGAUGGCCGCCUGCGACCCCAGACACGGAAAAUAUCUGACGGUGGCCGCCGUGUUCCGCGGGAGGAUGUCGAUGAAGGAGGUGGACGAGCAGAUGCUCAAUAUACAGAACAAGAACAGCUCGUACUUUGUCGAAUGGAUCCCGAACAACGUAAAGACAGCCGUCUGCGACAUCCCGCCACGCGGUUUGAAGAUGUCCGCCACGUUCAUCGGAAACUCGACCGCCAUCCAAGAGCUGUUCAAGAGGAUUUCGGAACAAUUCACGGCCAUGUUCAGGAGGAAGGCGUUCCUCCACUGGUACACCGGCGAGGGCAUGGACGAGAUGGAGUUCACCGAGGCGGAAUCGAACAUGAACGAUCUGGUCUCGGAGUACCAACAGUACCAGGAGGCUACCGCCGAGGACGAGGGAGAGUUCUACGAGGAGGAAGAGGCGGAGGAGAAGUAAAAUGGGUCCUCGAUCCGCGCCGAGCAGGAAAUUACUCGUCAAGGUUCUCGAAGAUGGCCGCGAAUCCACCAAACUAUACCAAAUUCCUCCAAAAUGGGUUGUAGCUUUGUAUUCGUAUUA